AUGGAUAUCAUCUUGAUGUUUUCAAAGCACGUUGUGGGUGUAGUCCUGGCCUUUGGACAACUCCCCGCAGGUACAGGGCAGCAAGACGAAUACGAUAUUCCUGAACGGUCAAGACCAAUUAUAGAGUAUCUACUGCUGGUUAACGAAAUGUUGAGGCUCUACAAGGGCAAGGAUGCCAUCCUUCUGGACGAACUCAAUCGUGCUUUGACAGUGCAUCCUUCAGACCGACAUUCAACGCGAGUCAAACGCAAAUGGAAAACAGACUGCUCAUCCUGA